AUGAACCACGUCGCCAACAAUCUGGUGCUGCAAGACAUUCGCAACGUUUUAGGCCUGCAGGUAGUUCUCGACAUGCCGCCUACAGAUGUCAAAGUGUUGCAGAUGCAGGUCGAAGACGCGGGAAGCUUAGGUCGCCUACGACUCCUUUGUUGGGUGCUCGACAAUCUUCCAGACAUAUUCGAGCCCCGUGCGACGACCAUGGGCGUUAUCCGGGACAUGGAAGUAGAUGCAAGUGUUCUGAAGCUGUCCACUUUCACAAAUAUUGUAUUCUCGUUCCAAGCAUCAAGGAAUGGCCCAUCUGACGUAGCCACCCACGGCAAGCGUCUCGUGAUGGAAAAUCAGAUGUAUUGUAGAAUCGGGCUUCGCUCAUUUGAUAUCGGCGGCAUGAUCGGCGGCAUUGGAAACAGAAAGCACUUCAAGGGUGUCAAGGCUGCCUUUUCCGCCGUAGAGGGCUUUGGUAUGGGCUACGGCCCCGUCAGCGAUGCGCUGGCUUUCUGA